CUCGUUUUCCCAUUCCCAUUCCCAUUCCAGGUUUUCAAUAAGCUCUUAUCGCCUCUCAGAGCUUCUGAUCAAUCAUGGGUCACUCUAACGUCUGGAAUUCUCACCCCAAGACCUACGGACCUGGCUCUCGCGCCUGUCGGGUGUGUGGAAACCCUCAUGCCAUCAUAAGGAAGUAUGGGCUCAUGUGUUGCAGACAGUGCUUCCGUAGCAAUGCCAAGGAAAUUGGAUUCAUUAAGUACCGCUGAAGAAUUUAUGUGGUUUGAAGUAGGAAGGAUCCCGUUCGAGUAUGAACCAUUUUAGUAUGUUUUUUUUAAUCAGAAGAAACUUUUAAGAUAAUGUUUUUGUUGAGUUCAUGAAAGUGUUUUAUGAGGAGUACUUUUGUUGUUUAUCAAUGAAAGUUUAUUGUUAGCUA